AUGGCCUGGAUUCCUGUCCUUCUUGUUUUCCUUUCUCAUGGCACCAUCUGUGUCUGCGGUCACCUCUCUCGGCCCGUGCUGACCCGGCCGCCCUCCCUCUCUGCAGCUCUAGAAGCAACUGAUGGACUCACCUGCACCCUGAGCAGGGACAUCGGUGUGGGCGGCUCUGACAUCUACUGGAUCCAGCAGCGGCCAGGGAGCCCUCCCCAGGAUCUGCUGAGGUUCUCCUCAGACUCCGAUAAGCACCAGGGCUCCGGGGUCCCCGGCCGCUUCUCGGGCUCCAAAGACGCCUCGGCCAAUGCGGGGCUUCUGCGCAUCUUGGGGCUGCAGGCUGAGGCCGAGGCGGACUCUCACUGGGCUGUAGUUCUUGGCAGUGGGCGCAGCUACCGCUCCUCACAGCGUCUCAGACAACGUGGAAGUGAGACCGAAACCCCUGGGCCCUUCUCUCUGGUCCUCUUCAUCGAGAAGCUUCUGUGGGGCUUCCUAUCAGGUGUAUGCCAGUGUGGCGCUAAGCACAGUGACAGAGACACAUGGGGGGGGGACAAAGUCCUGGGGCCCUGGGUUCCAAGCAGUGACACGUGUCCAGAGGUGCUUAAUCCCUUCACUGGUGACAGCAGUAGAACACAUUCCCCGGGAUUCGGGCAUGAGAUGGGGCCCCGCUGGAACUCUGUCCUUUCCUUACACACGGUGCCCAUGGAGCCUCUAAAAUGUAAACCAGAAUGUCUAUUAAUACUAAUACGUAUUCACAUCACUAACACAUUUUCCCUUCUGUCAAGUUCCAGAAUAAUUCUUUUCCUUCCCAGUCAGUGCCCUGAGUCCCCUGUGAAUGGCACUGAGUUGUGUACUUCACACAUAACAAGAGGUGGCUCUGCCGUCCAGUGGCCAGAUCUGUCAGCUAUGGGGUCUGUUCGUGCCGUCUGCACACGUCUGAGGACACGUGAAGGUGCUGUGAACUGGAGGCUCUUUCCCAGGCUCCAGGAACCUCAUGCAGCCAUGCGAGGGCUGAGAGUGACAUGUGGCUGCAGCCCGGGCUCCCAUCUUACAGGAGACUGA